AAGCAGAGUCCAAUGAAUUGAUCUCUCCCCGUCUAUUAUCCCAUGGCUCCCAGUUUCCCGUGGGUUCGCUUCGGAUUCCCCUUCAUGUUUACAAAGUUGAAGCCAUCAUAUUUUUCCAGAUGAAACAGAAACAAUGUUGCAGGAGGUGGCUUGGCUUAGGAGGGCGCUGUAGUUGACCUGUGUUAUUUUGCGUGAGCCCUUGUUCUGGGCGGACCGCAUGUAGGACUUCUCUCUUCCUCAUAAUUAUGCCUACGAUGUCAAAAAACAUAAGCAUAAUUUCAUCAAGUGAUAAGUGAAGUUAGUACGUAAUAUCCAAUAUAUUGGUACGAGCAGGACACUACAGCAUGUUAAAUACAACCGCAACAAGGAUCAUCUUCACCGUUGGAAUCGUCCCAUUUCUUGAUCAAUUGUCUAGCAAACAAAAUGGGCGUUCACGGGCUUUGGGAUCUGCUUGCUCCGGCGGGGACGACGUGCGACCUCAAAGGUCUGCGGAAUCAGACAGUAGCCGUCGAUGCGAGUAUUUGGAUGUUCCAUUUUGUCAAGGCAAUGCGAGAUCCAGACGGCAAUAUGGUCGAGUUAUGCGUUGAUCGUGUACUACUACUGGAACAAGGUAGUAGUUGUGACAUACUGUACUAGUGGCUUAGGAGGUCUUGGGAAUAGGAUAGUUAUUUGAGUUGAAGCUUAAUUCUCCAACGUUUUUAGGGAUCUUGUCUGUCUAACUACCUCGCCUAGAAAUGGCAUAUAUAUAAUAAACGAAGGCAAUAUGCAAAGACACUCUGGGAAUCAGGACUUCAUCCAUCACGAUCACCUGACGACUUGUUUUUUAAUACUACUUUUCCUUUCUUUCUUCAUUCCUCGGGGCCCACCUGCUCGGAUUCUUUCGGAGGAUAGUGAAGCUGCUACAUUUGGGAAUCCGUCCGAUCUUCGUUUUCGAUGGUCCACCACCGGAGGUGAAGCGCCGCACGCUGAGGCAGCGCCAGCUGCAGCGCGAACAAGGCGGCUUGAACCUCCAAAAGGUGACGGAGCGACUUUUUCGCAACCUGCUGCGCAAGGAGGUUGCAAAGAUGGAAGGCAUGCCAGAAAGCGCAGACGGUGAUGCUGAUGGAGAUGGUGAAGAGCAGGAAGGAGGCUGUUGGAUCGAGGAUCUGACCGAAGUAGAUGGAGGAGCAUCGUCUAGCUCUACUUCUGCGCAAAAUCAGGGUACGGCACGACAAAACCGAGGUAAUAGGGGAGCUGCAAAAGGCAAAGCGCCAGCAUUGCCCGCAGCGACGACCACGCCACUUGUGCAGCCUAAGCUCAACUUCUUGAAAAAAAAGAAGGAUGCAGCAGCCGCAGCAGCGGCGAGAAUAGAGGCGAAGGCUGAAGCUACUCCUGGAGACGCGUCCUCUGGCUCUGAGGAGAGCUACGAGGAUCAAGAGGACGACCUACUUGCGGACUCACCUGUAGCACGGCGAAAACGUAGGAAGAAAAAGACGUGCGACUUGACAAAAAAUGGACCUACAACUACUACUAGUACAGCGAAAGCCCCACCGAGAAAGGGACCUCUGACCGCCGCGGCUGCGUCCUCACGCAGCAACCAGAGGACCGAAAAUUCAGCAGCUGCCGACCUUACUGCCCACGAGAUGGAGAUGAAUCUGAUGGUUGAAGAAAUGCUCGAUAACCAGGACCCGAAUUUGGAAUCCGUGUUAGAGGAUGGAGCGGCGUUUUUGCAGGAGCCUGAAGAUGAGGAACCCCGGGAAGAAGAAGACGAGGAUGGCGAGGAGGAAGACGACAAUGAUGAGAUGGAGAUCGAAAUUUUAGGAAGAGCAUCCUCCUCAGCUGCUGCCAAUAAGAAAUCCGCCUCUAGUAAGAGGAGAAGCGAUGGUAAGAAGGUUCUGGAUGCGAAUGGAAAUGUGAUCGAUGAUGGCUGGGAGCGACGCAAGCGUCAGCGCGGCUACGGUUUAGGUGUUUCCGUUGGACAGUCUGCUUUGGAUCGCGAUAUUCAGGUCUCGGAUGAAGUUCUCAAGCGUUAUCUGCUCAAAAUGCCUGAGAACAUCACUCGCAGUGACGAAACGAAGGGCUACGAGAUCGAGGGUCCCGACGGCGUGAAGCGCCUCGUUACUCUGCCUUUGGGCACACUAGUGGACCCUGAAGUUUUUGACCGACUGGACCCGAUGAAAAGGUACGAAACGUUGACGAACUUGAUCGACGCAUGGUUGACGGAAACGCGUGUCAAGGCUAUGGAAUGCAGGACGUCUCGCGAAGCCUUCAGCAAUGUCCAGCUUGAGACUUUUUACCGACAUAUCAGGACCAACAAAUUACUCGAGGAGACGAAGCUAGAGUUAGCCAAGGUGCGAAAAGAAAACGGUGGAGAGCUUCUUGGCGACGAGCUGAGUGGCUUAUCCGGUUCUGCCAAUGGCACGGGUUCUAGCAGCUCUGUUGUCGCAGGGCUGACUUUAAAUCCGGAUGCGCCAGGAGGUGUAGGAGCCGAGGGUCUGGAUGAUGCAGCAUCUGGGAAUCUCGCAAAUUGGUUGAAAUUGCGCCCAAUUGCAGCUGGCUUUGCCUCGACUCUGCGCGGCGGUGGCGGCAAGAAAGGGAAAAAGGGUAAAAAGAGAGAGGACGGCAAGGGCGGUGGCGGCGGUGGGCGUCGAUUUUUCUGGCGAGAUGGAGGCCGAGAUGGCGCUGGGAAAGGAGAAGAGUCUGCAAGUAAUAAAGUUAAAAGUACGUACAUCAAGGGCGGGGCUGGUUCUGUUGCAGGAGGUCAGGUAGACGCAAGCGUUGAUGCGAAUGCCGAAGGUGGCAAGAAGGGAAAGGGCAAAAAAGGAAAAGUGCCGUAUGACCCGUUCCCGGAAAUGGAAGAUGAUGGAGCGCCAAGUGCUUUCGACGAUGCUGCAAGCGCAGCUGGUUCAGUAGCCACCAGCGUAGGAGGACGCAGACGUGGAGCGAAACAACCGCAAUCAGCGAAAAGCCAUUUCACAGAUGAGCACGGAAUGUCAUUUGAAAGUUUGGAUGUGUCGAAGCUGCUGAGACUCGGAAGUGGUUCCGCCAAUUCCCUCAGUCGCAUGAGCACCACAGCAGCCUCUACGUUUUCUUUCUCUGGUGUUGAACAAACCACUACUUCCAGCUUGACUAGAACCAGAUCAAUAACGGCAAACUUUUUCACGAAAACAGGAGGAAGUGCGGAUAUUCAGUUUGAGCCAGAUCAUGAUCAGGCUUCUUUGGGUGGCGGAGACACACUUACACACAGAACUGCCGCCGCAUCGUCGUCUACUUCAUCUUCACGCCCUGCAGGUGGACCAUCUGGCUCCGGUCGUAAUUCGGCGUCGAAGCGUCGUCGUCUCUCGUCCCCAGGGCGCGAUUGGAACUCGCUCUUAUUCGGUGGAGGCAACGACGAUUUUGAGGAAGAGGACUACGAAGACAUCAGGUCCGAGGAGGAAAAGGGUUCGAAAAAUGAAGUAAGCGUUGGCCAGUUGCAAGCUACUGGAAGAGUUUCUUCAAUAUCCCCACAAAGAACACGUGAAAACUUCGGAACAAAAAGACAUCAUGGCCCUCAAUGCGGACUGUUGUGCGUCGAGGAAAAUGGAGAUCAUGAUGAUUUUGAUCCAUUAGCCGAUAUGGAAGCUGAUAUGGAGAACUUUGCUCAAGAGAAUGAGAGAGGUAACCAUGUUCAUGCGCUACUUGCGGAAGAAGCCAAAGUGCAGUUACAAGGACCAUCGGAAACCCAAACUGGGAUUCAAGAGCUGCGGACAUGCGCUACUAGUACUGGUACACAAGAUGCUGUAACAGUAGCUGUUCUCGUUGACGAUGAUAUGGCUGCGAUGUUCGACAUGGAUUUUGAUGAUGUUGAUGGAGGUAAUUGUGUGGAGCCAGCGUGCAGUAGAGAUGCUGUUGAAGAUACCAAGGAUGCGACAACAAAGAAUGCCACAGCAAACGAAAUUCAUGUUGCAACAAGAAAAGUAUUAGGGGGGGAAGAUGCAAACGCUGAAAUGACUGCAAAUAAUUCCUUCCACUUCGCACAGGAAGGCCAGCCAGAACACCUCUCACUAGACGACUUUACGUUGGAAACAAAUCACUUCACUGCAAAUGACGCAGAAGAGUUGACUCUUGAUGACUUCUCAUUCGAAGAAGUCGAAAACGGUGAAGACGACCAAAGUAGCGCUGCAAACGACCUACAGGGGAGCGCAGCGCCACCGUCUGCGAACAACAGACCUUCUUCAGCGGCUAUAUCUAACCCAGCCUUGAUAUUGAUUCCAACUGGAAAUGCUGUUCCGCAACCCUCACCAGCGCUACCUACUCCAUCGACUACAACACCAAGUUUUACUCCCGCAGUCUUUUCGCAGGCUUCCGUAGGUGAAGUAACAGCUUCUGCUCCUGUGUCUCCGACUACACUACCAGCUGCUGUUGCACGAUCGACGACCUCGAAUGUGGCUGCUACUUCACCCGCAGUUAACGUACUAGGACCCCCUGCACCUUCAUCUUCAGGUGGACCAACUCCAAGCGCGGCUUCGUCCGCGAUGCCUCCACCAGCCAUCCCAACAAAGAAAGCAAACAAAACGGAUUCGCAGUUUUCCUACACAGCGCCGAAAACGAGUCAAUUUGUCACAGCAGACUCCUCUGAGUUUGCCAGUUUGAAGGUUUUUGACCCGAACGCCUUUAGUUUCGGCUCCUCUUCGUCUUCUUCUGGAGGUACGGCUGGCGCAGUUGGUGUACAAAACACCGCUCAAACCAGUGCUGCCAGGGCACCAGGAGGCUUUGGUUUUGGAUUUGGUUUCGGAGGAGCCAGUGUGCCUGUACCGAAGGCUGGAUUUGGAUUUGGUGGCGGUUUUGGGUUUGGGAAUGCGGAUGGUGCUGGAGGUGGCUUUGGGUUUGGAACUACAACUGUGAACUCUGCAGGUGCUGGUACAGGACUAGGUCCUCAUAAUGUUGCAGGUGGAGGCUUUUUGAACAAAACUGGCGCUCCUGUCAUGCUGGAAAGCGCAAAAGAGUUGGAUACUCUGGAGAACGCAGUAGACGCCGUUUUUGGACCCAGCCAGACUGGAAUUGCUACAGAUACGCUGAUCAGUGACUUGAGGGCUGAGAUGCACAAGGCCAAGCGCGACGAGGAGUUCAUUUCGCAGGACAUGUACGAAGAACUGAAAAAACUGCUUUAUGCUUUUGGUGUCCCCUACGUGGAGGCGCCUAGUGAGGCGGAAGCACAGUGCGCCUAUCUCGUGGAGGCGAAACUUGCGAACUGCGUUAUCUCAGACGACAGCGACGUGGUGGUUUUCAGUGCGAAGUCAGGGACAACGAAGGUUUUCCGGCACUUGUUCUCAAGCAAGGGGGAGGCAGAGAAGUACACCAGUCGCAACAUCUCGCAGCUCUUGGGCUUGGCCUACGACGACAUGAUUGCCCUGGCGAUGUUGCUGGGGUGCGACUACACCAUGGGCGUCAAGGGCAUCGGCAUAGUCAACGCGUUAGAAAUUAUAGAGGCCUUCGGAAAGAAGCGCGAUAUCGCGAUGCCAGCUUCUGAAAUAGAAAUAUCAUCAGGAGGAGUGUCUGUAGGACCAAGUCCAUCAUCGGAAAACAGUGGCUACGUAGAUCGCGCAAGUUGCGAUUUGAACAACGCUCCUACUGCUGUCGAGCCCCCCUUCGCAGCAGCUGUGGGCGAAGAAGGAGCUCUUGAUGAAGAGCAAAAUCAUCAACCUUCUACGACGACGUCGGGUAUGCCGUUCAACUGGCUCACAGAACUAAAGAAUCUUCGAGAAUGGGCACAGGAUGUCGCAAAUUUCGACAACAAAGAAUUCUUCGAGCCCACGAAAGUGACCAAGAAAUUCCACAUUAAGCAUCGCGCCUUGCGUCCUUACUGGGUGUUCCCAGUCGAUUUCCCCUCCAGAGAGGUGUGGGACGCGUUCCAAAAACCAAUUGUAGAUCAUUCACGCGAGAAGUUUGAGUGGGGGACGGUGGAUCUGGAAGCCAUUGUGCGGUUGCUUGGUCGCUACAUGACGGACGCCUUAGUGGAGCGGACGUUGGACAUGCCGAGAAUCGAGGAGAUGCGCAAGGAAAGGGCCCAGGCGGAUUACUUUGGCCAGUUCUUCCAACUCGAAGAAGAGCAGCCGAUUGCAUUGGUGCGCUCAGUGCGUCUGCGCCGCGCCAUCGCGAAAAUGCGUGGAGCAGCCGAAGAAAGUGAGAGCGAGGAUGAGACUGGAAGCGAUGAUGAUGACGCAGCUGACGAAGACGAUAAUGAACAUGAGGGUUCGACGGUCUCUCAGGGCGAUGGCGAUCGAGGCGAGGGUGAGAGGAAUGCCCCUGACCGUCGAAAAACCAAGAAGAAGCGAAAGAAGAAGAAAGCCAACGCAGGAGUUCUCGGAGACGAAGAGGUACCGCUAGAGGGUCGCGCAAAGAAGAAGAAGAAAAAGAAUCGCAACGUCGAGGGAGAGGACCAAGAAGGACAGAAGUCGGAUCUGUUCACCCUUCUAGAACAGGGAGGAUCCUCUUCCUCGUCGCGACCUGCUGCUAAAGCCAGGCAGAGAGUAAAAGCCAAAGCUAAAACGAGAAUAAAGGGCAAAGCGAAGCCGAAAGCUGCGGGGGCCGCACGGGGUGCAGAGGAGGCGGUCAUCGAUGUUGAGCAAGAAAGCGAGGGUGGUCCGCAAGAAGUAGAAGGUAACCAUCAAAGCUCGGCUGCGUUAUCGACUCAUCUAGAGACUCUAGGGAGUGAGUCCGAUCUGACGAAUGAUGUUGAAAUGCUCGGCGCGGCACCAAGACCAACCAACAGGAGCGGAAUAGGUCGCGUAGAAGUUGGGGAAAGUAAGUGCAUUCCUUUUAUUCCUGGAAGCCGGAACGCGCAGCCAUCAUCAGCGACAAGCAGCACAAGUCUGCAAAUUGAUUUCAUGGCGAACAAAGCUGCAUUGCCAUCUUUGGCUACACCCUUAUGCAAAACUUCAGUCCAGGAGGUGCCAGAAGUUCAAGCUAGCGUUUUGGUAUCCGCUGCUUUUCGUGCGCCACCGGCAUCAGAAAAUGAAGGCGCCACGCCUGCUUCUGUCAGACUAGAAGGAUCAGUCGAGGGCGAGGUUAAUGUUGCUAUUACUCGACCAGCAGGAGUUGCAACCGACCGUGUACUAGGGCAAACGCGCAAUAUCCAACCUCGCGCCUCAUCGUCUUCUGCGUCGGUGCACGCUGCACCUGCAGCGGCAACGAUAGCCUUAGAGCCUUCCGGUCGUGUGCCUCCCAAUGCGACAGCCAAAGCCAAGGCAAAAGCAAGAGGGAAGGCCAAGGCGAAAAGUGCAACAGGUCGAGCAAACGCGCUGCCAGGCGAAGAAGAACUGCAACUUCCUGUGCCAGUUUUUCAUCCGCGUAAAAAGAACAAGAAGUAGAAAGAUAUCGAUUCUGCAGAGCCGCGGACCAUCUGACUCUGAGCCGAUGGGAAGGAGGUGCGGAGGUGAAAGGGCCUACCUAGUGCGGAAAAAGGGAAGAUGAUAGCAAGAGGCCGCGCGAAGGAACGAUAAGGAGGCUGGGCUAGGGCAAAUCGUGUGGUGCUUAGGGUUUUAGGCCAGUAGUUAUCUAUCUUGUAGUAUUCCCACUUGUCAGUUGAAUGCGCAUUAGUCAAGAGGAAGCAGGGUUGGCGGCCCUGCCCUCGUGCGUUGAAGGCAGGCGUAUAAGAGCGGGACGGUUGGCAGCCGGUGGAGGUUUAUACAACGCAACUAAUCCCCUCCUUUGCGCCUGGAUUUCAUCAGAUUUAUUGUAUAGUCGGCGGGUUCCUACUCCUAGGCAAUUAGUGCACCAUAGGAGAAGGAGGCAAAACCUCCACCCGUCGCCAGCAGGUACACUGGAGAGCACUGGGCUCACCCUUCCAGCGAUCUUGGCAUACAAAAAAGAAGGACCUUAAACCUUGAACCUUGAUCCUUAAUUCUGCUCGCCAAUUCUGGUUCAUCGAAAGUAAGAUCCGUUCGCGCCUCUCCUCUAUCAUCCUGUUGACUCCUGAAAUAUGCAUCUUUCUCUUUGUGAUACAUGUUCGUUUCGUCAAUGUGUUGGCAUCAUAAAAAUACAAGGCUCGGAUUCUAAAAAUUCAUCAUGGUUCAAGACAUCUGAGCAACUGAUUGAUUUAUUUGGAAUCGAAUUAGAAUUUGAAGAUCCACGAAUGCGAAUCGUCAAUUUGUUUCUCCAGAUCUUCGAGCCAAACCUUCUACUGGGAUAUCCUGAUCCUGUUCAGAUUUUCGGGACGAAUAGAUGAAUUCCAGGGGAUCGCUUACUUUCAAGUGAAUCGCGAUCGAAAGGAGAUCGUC